GAUGCAUUGCAGCUUUGCCUAAAAUAUCAACAUGGCCGAAGCUGCACCAUGCGGUAAUUCUGGUAAAUGCGAAGAAAAGGAUGUCUCGAGUUCUGAUCAGGUCUUAUAUGACAGGACGUCUUCGCAGAAGAGUGCAGAGUCUCAAAAACCAAUCUGCGUAAUUGUCCUUGGCAUGGCAGGCUCAGGGAAGAGCACAUUUGUCCAGAGAUUAACUGCACAUCUCCAUGCGAAGGAGACACCUCCUUACACUAUCAACCUUGACCCUGCUAUCAGAGAAGUGUGCUUCCCAGCCAACAUAGAUAUCCGAGACACAGUGAACUACAAGGAGGUGAUGAAACAAUACUCUCUUGGUCCAAAUGGUGGCAUUGUGACGUCACUGAAUCUGUUCGCAACAAGAUUUGAUCAGGUAAUGGGGUUUAUUGAGAAGAGGUCUACGGAAUGUCGGCAUGUGAUCAUCGACACACCGGGGCAGAUAGAGGUGUUCACCUGGUCCGCCUCGGGAAGCAUCAUCACGGAGGCCCUGGCAUCGACGUUCCCGACGGUUGUGGUGUACGUGAUGGACACCUCGCGCAGCGUGUCCCCCGUCACCUUCAUGUCCAACAUGCUAUAUGCCUGCAGCAUCCUCUACAAGACCAAGCUGCCCUUCCUCAUCGCCAUGAACAAGAUUGACAUUGUCAGUAACAGCUUCGCAGUGGAGUGGAUGCAGGACUUCGAAGCCUUCCACGACGCCCUGGAGCACGAGACUUCCUAUAUCUCCAACCUCACACGGUCCAUGAGUCUUGUGCUGGACGAGUUCUACAGCAAUCUCAAGACUGUUGGUGUGUCUGCAGUCACGGGGGAGGGGUUGGACCAGUUCCUUGACAGAGUUGCAGAGGGUGCCGUCGAGUUUGAAAAAGAGUACCGUCCCCAGUAUGAGAAGAUGAAGAAAGAGAAGGAGGAAAAGGAGGAGAGAGAGAAGAAGAAACAGAAGGAGAGACUGAAGAAGGACAUGGCGGAAGAUACAGAUGAGACACUGCCAAAGAAGCUGAGUGGUCAAAUGGUGAUUACCCCCGGCAACGAGGAAGAGGACAGUGAUGAGGAAUACAUCGGGAUGGACGAGGAACCGGAGAUAGAUGAGGAGGAGAUUCGGGAGCGUGAGUCAUUCCAGCGCUUCCUGGCCAGUUACAAGCAGCGCGAAUCCGACAAACAGAAGAAGGCCAGCCAGGAGGACACUGCCAACACGUGACGCAGCAGGGAUGUAGUGUGAGGAGGACAAGAUAAUCAAUAAGAUUCAGAUGCUGGUUGAGACAGCAGCCCCCUGUGAAUGUAUCAUGUGUUGUGGGACACAAGUGGGCCAGUUAUCCGAGGGGCUGCUAUUCGCUGUGCAGAAUUGCACUCCAUAGGCAUUCAAGGAACACAGAUUUGAAUCCAAGAUUAUCCUUGAUUAGAUUCUUUGAAUGAACCUGCCUAUCCUUGAGGGUUUCACCAAAGUGGUUAAUACCUGCAUCACUUCAGGCUGUCCUCUAACAUUUAGCUGUGAUGCUCUGAUAUAACUGGAACUUACCACAUACGGUAUACUGAUUCCGGGCUGACCAGUCAUUGUUUUAUACGAAUACAGCCGAGUGCCAGGCAGGGUAACAUCAUUUCCACCUUUCAACAUCUUUUGGUAUGACGCUGCCGGGGAUCAAACCCCUGACCUUCCACUCUCCUCCGGGCAGAUGCUCUACCACUGGACCACGGAGCAGGUCCCAACAGUGUGUGAAGCAAACAGUUGAACUGGGAUAUGAGGUCUCAUCUCGGGCCUUUCCUUUCAUUGCAUCAGAUAUAUUUCUUUACUCAUGGCAGCCUAUCAUUUCAUCAGAUUUGUAUGUCGAUGUUAUUCCGUAUUUGCUGUAAUAAGAGUUCUGGAAGUUAGAAAAUUGACAAAGGUAGGGGUCUUAUUAAAACCAUUUUCAACA